AUGUCUACUCAAACGUUUUUGGAGAAAUGCAGAGCCAUCUUCCAACAAGCCAAUGGAGGUCAGCCUCUUACUGUUGGUUCCUUAGCUGCGGAAAUGUUUCUUGAGAUCGACAAGAACCAGGACAGAUUGAUUUCAUGGGAGGAGUUUGAGAAGGCUUUGCUUGCAAAGGAUCCGAAGGAAGUCACGCGAGCUGAGCUGGAAGAAGUAUUCAAAUCCGUCGACAAAGAUGGAAGUGGCAAACUGAAUAAAAACGAAGUCAAGCGACUGUGUCAGGAAAGCGGUCUGAAACUUUCAGAUGAGCGUCUGGAUGAGCUUAUCAAUGAAGCUGACCACAACAACGAUGGGGAGAUCGGUUAUGAAGAGUUUCUGCAGACCUGGUUCAAUUCCAGUUAA